CAAGACGAACACACAUUCCCUUUCUUCCUUCAACUAGAAAAAAGAUAUAUCGGACAUUUCUUGAUCUGUGUUUGCAUAAAGGUAUAGUAUCAUUAUUAGAAAUAUGAACACAACAUCGUCAAAGAGCAAGAAGAAGCAAGACGAUCAGGUGGGUACAAGGUUUCUUGGGGUGAGAAGAAGGCCUUGGGGAAGAUACGCAGCUGAGAUUAGAGACCCAACUACGAAGGAGCGUCACUGGCUUGGCACUUUCGAUACGGCCGAAGAAGCUGCCUUGGCCUACGAUAGAGCCGCUCGGUCCAUGCGAGGCACACGUGCCAGAACCAACUUUGUUUACUCAGACAUGCCUCCUUCCUCCUCCGUCACUUCCAUUGUUUCUCCUGACGAUCCUCCUCCUCCUCCACCUCCUCCUGCUCCUCCUAGCGAUGAUCCUGUCGAUUACAUGAUGAUGUUUAACCAAUACUCAUCCACUGAUUCGCCAAUGCUUCAGCCUCACUGUGAUCAAAUGGAUAGUUACAUGUUUGGUGGCUCUCAAUCUACUAAUUCUUAUUGUUAUUCUAACAACAGUAGUAACGAGCUGCCUCCUCUGCCGAGCGACUUGUCCAAUUCGUGUUAUAGCCAACCACAAUGGACCUGGAGCGGUGACGACUACUCGGCUGAGUACGUACAUAGUCCAAUGUUCAGCAGAAUGCCUCCGGUUUCUGACUCUUUCCCUCAAGGUGAUAUGAUGAUGGGGACUAAGUAUUUUUAUUUCUACGCCAUUGCCGUUGCACUUCUUCUAGUUGCAGCUAAUUCGGCGAUGCGGACAAGUGGGCAAAGCGUUUCGUGCCUGAACCAGCUUGCCCCAUGCCUGAAUUACCUGAAUGGGACCAAGGAAGUGCCUCAAGUUUGCUGUAAUCCUCUCAAAUCAGUGAUAAGGAACAAUCCAGAGUGCUUGUGCCGUAUGAUUAGUAAUCGAGGGAGUUCUCAGGCCGAGCGAGCUGGCAUCGAUGUCAAUGAUGCUCAAAUGUUGCCUGCUCGAUGUGGAGAACAUGAUCUCGAGGAUCUACAAACUCAAACAGAAGUUCCUCCUCUGGCAACUCCUUCUCUCAAUCCUAUUGGAUGACAACAUUAUCUUUUGCACUCAUCAUUUUGUCAUAUAUAUUCUUUCAGUAACCUGUAUUUCUCAUUGUCUAUAGCAGCUCUGCUUUGUUUUUUUUUUUUUUUUUUUUUAAUGUUGUAUGAGUUAAUUAUGAUUAUUGGUCGUCACCAACACAUUGUACCAUUAUUCCCCAUAAAUAGUAUAAAUCCAUUUCUAAUUA